AUGUUUGAAAAAUGGGUUGUUACAGCGGUGUGUUAUACAAAAUUUGUUGCCAUCACUAUAUUCUUUGGUUCCAUUGAAAUUUAUUCACUUGUACAUGUACAAAUAUUGUUUUCAGUGAAACAUAUCUUACAUCCUGGUUAUGAAAUUGUGUAUACUCGAUUUACAGUGAAAUUAAAGGAGAAGUUUGUGAUCUUCGACCUUACAUGGUACACAAUAUCAGUUCAGUUUGGCAAUUUUACAUGUACAUGGUUGAUGACAAAUUCAUAUUAUCUGCAUAACCUGCGAAAAGAACAUCUUCAUUAUUGUCUUCAUUUCAAGACUUCAAAAAUAGUUAAAGUCGAUAAGCAACACCUAGCAAAGAUUAGCUUCUAA